AUGCGGCGGGUGGCCGAACACGUCCGGCCGGCGUCCGCCGCGGCGCUCGCACGGAAGGCUCGACAGACGCUGCGCACCGUCAAGGCGGUGCGUUGGGAGCGGCUUUGGUCGCGUUGGGAGGGAGGAAGGCAAGCCCAACAAGGGGGCGGUGCAGGGAUCGCCGCGGUGGAGCUCGCGGCCGGGGUAGGGAGUCGUCUCGGGCGGCGCCUCUCCUGCCGUGGGGUAAUUCGCUACCCCAGCGAUGUGCAGGUCAGCGAAGUGCUCCCGAACGGCCGCGUGGUGUGUCUCACGCGGCCUACACAGCCAGAUCGAGUGGGCGCCUUUACGAAGAGCCUCCGAAGCGUGCUGAAGGAAAGGAAAACGUGCCGAGCGGAGGGCGGUGGCACAGUCGCCUUUCUCCACUUCGUUCUCUAUCGUGAGUGCCUACCCUUUGUCGACGCGGUAAGAAUUCUCACGGAGGUUACUGCUACUGCUACUGCCAGCAAAUCGCCUUUUUGGGAUCGCUUUGAGGUGAAUGUGAACCUAGAAGAUAGCAUGGUGUGCGUGCAGACGUGCAGUGCGCGUUUGGUAUUGCCGGAAGGGACUGUGACAGAGGAGGACGAGCUCCUCACGCGCGCGGAAAGUGAACUUAGCAGGCUCCUUCAUGUGAAUCUUCGGCCGCUGCCACUUUCCGUGCAGGUGCUCGGCUGGAGGCGCUUUGGCUGCUCGCAGGCGCUCGCCCCACACUGCCGGGUUCAGUACGCGAUGCUAAUCCGCAGCGUCACGAGGCGGAUGAAUCACUUGGAGCCGCUCGUGCGUGCGUGCGCGGCGGCGAUUCCGAACUUCUUCGCGCCGCGGCAUUUCGGCCCGUUGGAUUGCCCGUUUCGAACCUACGACGUCGCCGCAGCGUUCGAAAAGGGGGAAUUCGCCGAGGCGAUGAUGAUGGCGGUUUGUUUAGCGCAGUGGUCGGCGCGGAAACGCACGGUUUCAAAGGAAGACAACGCUUGGAUAUCACGCGCAGUCUCCCUCUUAGAAGGGGGUGAGGAAAGGCAGGGGUUGUGGCGGGAAUGGGUCCUGGAGGUUCUUCCCCCUGCCCUGCUAGAGCUGUUUUGCCAAGCAAAGGCCGAUCUUCUGUGGAAUGUGCUGGCGAGCUGUCGGAUUCAACAACACCGCGGCGGUGGCAGAGAUGCCAUGAUCGGUGCCAGUCCGGAGCAAGGCGACUUUGUCGUAGUGGCGGAUUCAACGCGCGGAGGUGAACGCACUCCUUUGCAUUGUUGUCGUAGUCCUAAGCAAGAAGCAACGCUCAUGGGCGUGCUUCAGUCCUCGCAUCGUCGCCCCCUCCACGCCACGCGAAAUGGUAACUCCGACGAGGCUUCUGUAGGGAGAGGGGUAAUCCAGCUCACGUCGGCCGCGCAGGCUGCCGCGUUCACCCUUCAUGAUCUCCUAAUCCCGCUAUUCAACACCAAAGACUGCGCCGCCCUCAACAGGUUGGCGAAGCGUCUGGGAUUUCGCCACGCCGGUGAUCCUUUGCCCACCGCCUUAACGACAACCCCAGUCACCACCGCUCCGGUGGCGUUUCGCGCGCUGUUCGCGCAGACGACAGGACGUGCAUCCGGCGCUUGGGUUCGCGAGUUCGACGAGCCCCUCAGCGGCAGCGAGGUCGAUUCUCCCUCUUCCGCGGAAUAUCGCCUCUCGAGCGAUCUCGAUCUCGUCGCUGGGGGAACAGACUUCACGGCGAAAUCGCGCGGUCGUAGCGGGCUGGCAAGGUGUCGCCCGAUCGACCGCCGCGGUCGCACGAUGGCGGAUCGUCUUCCCGCCGGAUUACUCGCCUCGACGGCGCUCCGCGAGGCCGCCGCGACGACCCCCAGCGCGCUCUCGAAGUGCUUGAUCAUGCAUCUCACGCUACCUGCGGAGACGUACUGUUCGAACCUCCUUCGGGAGUUUAUCAUGAUAUUAAACCGGGUUGAUCAAGAGGCGGCGGAUGCGGUAGAAGAGGCUGUAGGGAAAAGCGAAAAGAUAAACCAAGCGGCAGAGGCACCGGCGCCAACUGAACGCGAUGUUGAUAGCCCUGAGGAUAACCUCCACGGCGAUGAGCAGUGGCUGGAGGGCAACCUCCUCUCGCUAAAAGUGCGUGGUAUGGAUGCACAAAAGGCAAGCCGUAUGGGUCUAAUAUCAGACAACUUAACAGAUGGGCCAUAUCGUCCUUCUUAA